CCUGCGAACCACUCUAUAAAUGGUACCCUCGUAAUUUCUCGCAUCGCUCACGCCUUUCUGUUGGUCUAUACUCGUCAGCCCCCUAUUUUAUCACCCUAACUUUCCGACCUGUGGUUUCUCGUUUGCAUAGAAUAUACUAAACUCCUCGUUCAGGGUUGCCAGAGAUAUGAUGUGCCAUAGCGUACAGUUCCUGUAAUUCUCCUCACCGGUUGAUGUAGUUCUCAAACAGCAGCCAGUGGCUCGGUUGUCUUCCGUGCUCUUCCUUUUGUCUGUGCAAUAUGCGUUGCUUCUUCCAAGUCGUCCGACGAACUCUCAUCCAGUUCAUCGCUCGCAGGCAGUAUUUAGCCUAACUGAAAGUCAGCUUUCUCAUUCUGCUUGGUAUAUGUUGUCGUUGCGCUUUAUCUCCGGACAUUAUGGAGUACAAAAUUCUAUCGUUUGGUGAAACGUUGCUUGAAAUUCAUGAAACACAUGCGGGACAUCUUGAUGGAUUGACAUGCAUUGCUCCCACCAAAAAUGGGCCGCGCUGCUCAUCCAACUUGAUGAAGCGCAGUAAAAUACGCAGCAGUAUAAGGAAUCUCCUCUGCACCAUUCAGCGACCGACGCAUGAUUUCCGCGAACAGCUGUUGUCAAUUGUCUUGUGUGGACGUCAUACGAGGACGCAGACGCCUGCUAUGAAGAUACUCGGAGUUUGGGGGUUGAACGACAGAGAAGAGCCCGACGAUGAUAACGACUGCUCUGGGGAUAAUGGAGAUGCCCCUACGGACGAUGACACUCAAUCCGAUCCUUUCAAAAUCGGUACUACUCUACAACAGAGCCCGCAUUCGAGGACACCCAGUUUCAAAACACCGCCGUCCUCGCCCGUACGAUCUUUGUCGUUUGCGCAAUCCCCUCCGACGAGCCUGUCCACUCCAAGGAGGCAGUCCACUCCACGGAGGGAGUCCACUCCACGGAGGCAGUCCACUCCAAGGCGGCGGUCCAUUCUGCGAGGGCAGUCCCCUCCAACAAGUCCAUCUACACAGAAUCCCUCCAGCAGCACCCAGCUACCUUCUGAACAUGAUGGCGCCAGCAGCAAACGGCGAUACUACCGCCCCCCGCUGAAUCGACAGAAUUCGCCCGUAUCCGCAAUCACCGGCAGACGUAUAUCACAUCCUAUUCCUUCGAGCCCGCCUCGGUCCGCCAAUGGCUCAAAUUCGCCUAAGGCUUCUACCACACCCGCGCGUCGUCCGCCAGUGAGAGGGCGGAGACCCCAUAGCCAGGGGGCGGAUGAAGUGUAUGGCGGGUACCGAACAAUGCCCAGCGGAAUGCAACUGAAUGGGUCUGUAUCGAUGCCAGAAACCCCUCUCUCACCGAGUCCGAGGAGUGGAGCACAUUCUAGCACCGGGAAAUGGAUGAGAUCGCAUGGGGGUUCGGAGGAAGUAUAUGAAACGUCGGAAAUACCUGGUGCAAUACAACUGGACGGGACUGCAUCGACAACAGAGAUCCCUCUCACACCGAGCCCUGAUAGUCGGGUACAUCAUGACAUGUGGAGGGGUUUCCUCCUGCCCAUAUUCAGGCUUAUUAACAAUCUUCCGGCUAGAGCAGGGAUCUCCAGUCCCAAUGUUGUGCAUCCCUUGAAUACGCCUGCCGGCGAAGGUGUGGCAUCUAACCAACCAUCUCCGCGACCAAAGCCCCCCAUCGAACCUGGCCGAAUCGAUGAUGAGAUUAGGAAAAGGUUGUUAACAGGACCGAGGUCACACCCCAAUAUCAUUCACGAUGACGGCACAGUAUAUAUCUGGAAGCAUAAAAUGGAGAAUCCCCCCUUGGUGAAGAUCGGCUGCACGACGGGAACGACUAGCAGCCGGCGACCGUGCGAAAGAGAUGCCUACGAACUCAAAGCAGGGACCAAACUCUGGAUCAAAGGCUUGUAUAUGCUCGCAGAACAGCUCUGUUUCAAAGAGUUGGCCGAUCGCCAAGAGACGCCUGUGCGAUGCGGAAUCUGUUCAAUAUCACACAAGGAAUACUAUCGCGUAUCCGCCGAACACGCCGAACGAGUUAGGCUGCGGUGGUUGAGAUGGCUACGCGAAGAGCCAUACGAUGAGGAUGGCUACCUAAAGCCGUUUUGGGAUGAAAGGCUACUCAAACUAGAACUCAAUCUGACCCGACCGGACAGCCUUGAGGCCCGAUACGAACGCUGGACGUGGUUUACGAACCCGUGGCUAUGGGAUGAGUUUUGCUGGCGGAAUGAGCUGCAAAUUUCUCUGCUUCUACAAAAUUGGAUACCUUUGCUUGGAGUAAUUUCUCUGGCCGUUGUCAUCGCUGUACUGAAUUCAUCUUUGGGAUUUUGGCCCACUUGUGUAGUGGUAGGAUUACUCGUGCUGUUCAUGAGUUGGAUUUGGUGGACCAGUAUAGCUCGUGUUCACAAGGUUCCUAAGAACCGGGCGAGGAAGAGAAAGAAGAGCUGAUAGGGUAGGUCAUUACGAUUUACGAAACAAUUCAAUGUGCUCACGAA